AUGUGUCUCCAGUAUUGCAUGUGGCCAGCAUUGGCUGAAUCAAUCAGACAAUUGGGGGAAUACGGAGGCGGCUGUGCAAUUGGCCACCAGCGGCUGUUUGACUUUCCUUUGGUCGCGUCACCUUUGGACUCUUCGUAUCACGAUUGCGGGAGAAAAUACGAGCCUUCGCCCCCUUCACAAAGAACAGCUACGACAGAGCGACCGGAUUGCCCCAAGCCUGGUUUCCCAUGGACAACGAAGGUUUACCGGUGCAGGAACUUGCAAGAGACUACCAGAUCUCUAGUGGGCAAUUUAUUGAGUCUGUUCCAAUUGCAAUUGCUCCCAAGAGCAGUUCAUAGCCAACACCACUUGUCCGGCCAGGCGUGUAGCCCUGCAAAUCAAAUAUCGGAUGCCAGCACCGCCGGUCUGGGUCGUCAAGGCUUUCUAGACACAUUCUUCGGAUGUGUAAGAGGCGGUCAUCAGGAAGGUCCAAUAAGGGUCAGCCAAGGUUUCCAGCCCUCGCAUUUUCCAUGCGUAAAAGGAGCAUCAACAGUAUCAGCCCACUGCAUCAAGAUGGAGGAGCCCAAGGACCAGGGCGAGCUCUGUGUGUCCCAUCCAACCUCUGAGGACGUGGCCCACUCACCAGUUGACUUGGCCCAUCCGAACGGCGUCGACACCAUUGGGUGGCGUCUUGGCUGGACGUUGCCCCUGUCGGUUGGAGUUGUGGAUUCCGAAGAGACACUCUCAACAAGGGCAUUCAUUCACGAAAAGACCGGAACAUUGGAGCUCAAUGACUGUUGCAAGUGGGGGCAAAGAAGACUAGUCAACGAGCCGUGCCAAUGCAAUUCAGGUUUAUUCCCUGCCUUGCGAAGCAUCGAUGCUGAGCCGCACCAUGCCCGUAUUGCAUGGAUCAGACCAGACCAGACCGGGAGCUGUUUUCCUGGUGAACCGCCGUCUGGUCGACCUGCAUCGAUGAAGAGAAUCUGUCUUGGAAGUAUCUGCACCAUUUCGCUUCAGGCUGGUGGGUGUGUGCAGAGUGUGUCAGAGUUGGGCGCUGCCGGACCAAACCCAUGGCAGAACCGCAUUCGUAGACGACAUUCAGCUCGGAUGUUCCAUUUUCACCUCACCGUCUAG